AUGUCGUUCUCUCUAUCACUCGAAGAAAUGCUUCGACUAUCCACGACUGAGGCCUCGAUAUCAUCAGCAACACCAUCAGAAGCCAGUUCAACGACCUCCUCACCCACACUCAACGCUAGUACGGCCAGAAACACCAUCUAUGCCAUGCCGGCCUCUUCAGAUUUCACCCUUCCUCGACCCGCAAGACCCGCGAGAAAGCGAACAUCGCCCUCCACAACGACGAUUUCUCCGAUACCAGAAGAUGGCGUGCUAGAAUGCUCGGGAAACUGCAGCUCGGCAUCAUCGUCGGACACCGAAAAUGCCACAUACGACCUCAAGAUGACCCUCACUGACCUCCUCAAUUGCGAAACCGUACGACAAGACAGCAAGAUGCGACUCUGGGUUCAAGCGCGACUCAUCGAAGCCGAAUUCGAGCUCAAACGGCAACGACGGAGGCGGGUCAGCACGCCCGCGAUCGCUGCCUUGCCGACCGGGGAUCUCGACCGACGAAGCAGCGCAUGA